AUAGUGAUUUGCAGACGAAGAAGAGAUCAAUUUGAAUCAGUUAAUUUUGAAUGUGUGAUUAAGAAGUGAGAUUAGAGGAAAAUUUCAAAGUGCUUCUUGGAAUAUCUACAUUGAACAAAACUUGGAAGCCUGUUGGUAAUCGAUAAGACAAGUUUAGUCAUCAAGGAAAAAAAUGAUAAUGAUUGCAUGAACGCUCGUGUGUGGGUUUGUGUGUGUGUGUGUGAAUGCUUGACCAGAUAAAGCAAAUCAAUUAUUUCAUCGCACCGCAGCAAACGCUCUCUCUCUCUCGGAAGUAAAGUAAUAAGCUAAAACAACGCAACUAAAGUGUGAGCGCGUUGCCUUCUUCAAAAGCCGUAAUUAGAUUACUGUAACGGUGUUACACACGGAGAGCAAAAACGGCCAUAAAUCGUACGCCACAAUGUUAGCUAACUUUUGCUUUCGGUACAAGUAAGCGAAACAAAAAAAAAACAUCGAAUUUUAAGCGGGAGCUGGAAUCCCCUUAACCGAUUGGUGAUUAAGAAUACCAGUUUAACUACACUUUUAUUAGACUGAUUGGAGGUGCUGAAAGCACUCGUUGAUUCCUAUCUUUGGCCAUAAAGUGAUUUUUAAAUAGUAUUUUUUAUAAGUCGGAAGCAUUUAAUUGUAAAUACCAUAGCGAUAAGCGGAAAAGCAUUCCAAGAUGUCGCUGACCGAUAAAGAGUACCACAAUCUGACCAUCAGCAUCUCGAAGGCCGUCAGCAACCAUGAGAUGCCCAUCAAGGUCAAACACGUCCGAGCGUCCAUCAUCGGAACGUUCCACAGCAAGGGUGGCCACGCGUUCUGGGCGAUCGCCAUCCGGCAGCCCAUCCAGGAGAACCGGAUCGUGGCGUGGAAGUUUUGCCACCUGCUGCACAAGAUUCUGCGCGAGGGCCACCCGCUGUGCUGCCAGCACUCGAUGCGCCACCGCGGCAUGUUGAUCGAAGCCGGUAAGCUGUGGGGCCACCUGAACGAUGGCUACGGCAUCUGCAUCAAGCACUACACGAAACUGCUCGUCACCAAGCUGGAGUUCCACGACCGGAAUCCCAGAAUACCGGGCAGCUUGGCGCUGAAGCCUGGCGAGCUGGAGCGAAUCGGCGAGGGAGAUAUCAACUUCUACUUUCAACUUGCAGUAGAAAUCUUCGACUAUCUCGACGAUAUCGUUGCUCUCCAAGCCACCAUCUUCAACUCGAUCACCACGUUCUGCGUGAGCUCGAUGACCUCGGCGGGCCAGUGUCGCCUCGCGCCCCUAAUCCCGUGCGUCCAAGACUCGAACCCGCUGUACGACUUUGUCGUACGCAUCAUGUUCAAGCUGCACGCGAACCUUCCCUCGGACCUGCUGACCGGCCACCGCGAACGCUUCCGGACGCUCUUCCACCAGCUCAAGUCGUUCUACAACCAGUCCCGCAACCUGCAGUACUUUGUGAACCUCAUCACGGUGCCCAAACUCCCGGACGCCCCACCCAACUUUGAACAGCAAAGUGACCUGGGCAACUACCAGGCCCCGGUCAUCGUGAUGCCCGAUUCGGACCCCGCGGACAACGACACCGAGUCGGUCGUGUCGGACAGUCUGAUCGACACCACCGAAGCGGCGCCACCAAUCCCAGAACUGCCCCAUCACCACAACAAUCACCACCAACAGUCAGCCGCUCCCCAAACUCCAGCGCCCCAACUGCUGGAGCUGGAGCGGCUCCUCCGCGAGCGGGACGACCUGAUUCGGCACCUGCAGAUGGAGAUCGAGCGGCUUUCCAACUACGUCAAGUCGCUGACGAUCGAGCAGCGCGACGUGCAGCACCGCCUCGAGGAUCAGAUCGCUCAGCUGAACUCGCACCUGGCGCAGGCACAGGGUGAGCUGUCCACGCUGCGAAUUCAGAAGGAGGAGCUGGAGCUGCGGGCGCAAACGGCGCCAACGUUGGAACAAAAAGCCCAAGCCGAGGAGGAGCGCGCCAAGGCCAGCGAGGAGAAGUUCCAGAAGCUGAAAACGAUGUACACCCAGAUCCGGGACGAACACGUGAAGCUGCUGCGCCAGACAAAGUUUUACGAAUACAAAGUUAAUUGCUACAAACAGCACGGUGAAGUCAGCAAGCAGCUGGCCGCGUCCAGCAAGGCCGCUUCGGACGCCACCAAGGCCAAGGAGGAGGUCCGCAUCCAGCUGGACGAGCUGCACCAGCAGCAAGCGGUCGUGCAGGAACAGCUGCAGCAAAGUUCGUCGGAGUCGCGCCGCGAGCAGGAACAGAUCGCCGAGGAACUGAAGCAGGUUUCCGAACGGUACGAAACGCUGCGCAGCAAGUACGAAGAGAUGGAAGCGAACCGCCAGGCGGAGAUUGCCGAGCUGCGGAUUAGCUUGGAGCGUGUCCAGGGGGAGCUGGGAACGUUCCAGAGCGAUCGGGAGGUGCUGCAGGCGGAGAAGGGCGCUCUGGAGAGCAGCUUGGGUGAGGUUCAGAGCGAGCGGGAACAGCUGAACCGACAGUACGAGGAGGUGCUGGCCAAGAUGGAGGCGUUGAACCUGAAAACGGAGGAGUACACGAAGGAAGAGGCUUCGCUACAGCAGAGUGUGCAGGAGAAGUCGCAACAGGCGCAAGAACUCGUGGACAAACUGAACCACCUCCAACGGGACUACGAAUCGCUGCAACAACAACACGCCGAUCUGGAAGCAGCCAAGGCGGCUCAGGAGCAGGAGUUCAACCGAAUCCACGAGGAAGAUCUGCUCAAGCUGGAUUCGCUGCAGGGUGAACUGACCGAAAAGGUGACCACGUUGAGCGCCGAGAAGGACAACCUGUUUGCCGUCAAGGAGGACACCGUGCAGCAGCUACUGCUGCUGCAGACCGAAUCUAGCCAGCGGACGGCGGACUUUGACUCACUGGAGAAGGACCUCAAGAACGUGAUCGAGCAGAAGGAUCACGAGCUAGAGGAACUUCGCUCGCGGUACAAGGAGAUGGAGGAAAAGUACCAGUCUCUCGAUGCAAAUAUGGACCGACUGCUGGCCGAGAAGGGAGCAAUCGAGUCCGACCUGCAAGAUUUACUCCACCAACAGGAAGAGAUGGACGCGCGCUACCAGACGGCCCUCGGAACCAUCCGAAACCUGGAGGACUCGCUCGCGGACGCCAAGAUCACCGGAGAAAGCGCCCUGCGCGCCCUCCUCGAGGCCUGUAUCAAAUCCUCGGAGAAGCUCACCCUGAGAGCGAUCAGCGAAAACGAAAUGCCCGGCGCCGGAGGAACGCCCACCUACUUCCUGAUGAUCGCCGAGGAGCUGCAGGACGUGCUGUCCAAGCUGACGAUCGUGCACGACAACUACCUGAAGGAUAACACGACGAACGUGGAGUCACUGGCGCGGAAGGUCAUUAUCGGGGCGCAUCUGCUGGCGUCGGCGCACGUGCAGGGAAUGUCGAUCUGCAACCGGUCGGCGAACAUUGAGUGUGGCGAGCGCAUAGCGGAGGAGGUCAAGCAGCUGGGCGGCUCCAUUGCCAGCCUGUUCCAGUCACUGCAGAAAACGAGCGAAUCGGACGCCGUAGGGGAGAAGAUCGUCGACUUGAAGGACAAGCUGCAAGCGGUCACGGACAUGAUCGGCGACCUGAGCAAGCAAACCGACGGUACGGAAAAUUUGGGCGACCUGGUCGAGAACGAGCUCAGCAGUAUGGACAAGGCCAUCGAAGAGGCGGCGGCCCAGAUUGAGGAAAUGCUCUCCAAGUCGCGCGCUUCGGACUCCGGCAUCAAGCUCGAGGUGAACGAGAAGAUCCUGGACGCGUGCACAAACCUGAUGCAGGCUAUCCGCGUGCUGGUCCAAAAGUCCCGCCUUCUCCAGUCGGAGAUUGUGGCUCUCGGCAAGGGUUCGGCCUCGGCCAAGGAGUUCUACAAGCGAAACCACCAAUGGACCGAGGGACUCAUCUCGGCGGCCAAGAGCGUAGCCCAGGGCGCGAACUUCCUGGUGACGGCCGCGAACAAAACCGUCGCCGGUGGGGCCCGCCACCAGCUGGAUCUGAUUGUGGCCGCCCAGGAGAUCGCAGCCUGCACGGCCCAGCUGGUGGUGGCGAGCCGCGUCAAGGCACCCCGCGGAAGCCAGAACCUGAACGCGCUCGGGUCCGCCUCCAAGCAGGUCACCCAGGCGACCGGCAUCGUGGUGGCCACCGCCAAAGACUGCAGCCAACGGCUCGAGGACUCGCAGGACCUGGACCUGGGCUCGCUGACCGUGCACCAGGCCAAAACGCGCGAGAUGGAGAUCCAGGUCAAGGUGCUCGAGCUCGAGCAGGCCCUCCAGAUGGAACGGAUGCGGUUGGCGGCGUUCCGCAAGAAAAACUACCAAGCACCGGUCGAGGAAUAAGCUCUCCAAACCAAUAGAAACAACCGAAAAGUAGCGAAAAGAUAUCAAUUUCAAUCAACAAGCAGUGAGACAAUAUUAACAAAAAAUAUCAAAUUUCUAGCAGCGAAAAUCGACCCCCUAAAAAGUCACAAUCACUCCGUGUGUAGUAGAUUUCUAGCAAAUUACCCCACAAAAUUAGAGCAAAAUCGAACACUUUCAAAAAAAAAAGUUACGUAUCGAAUACACACAUCCCACCAUUCUGUCGAACAAAAGGCUAGAAAAAAAACUAUUCCUGAAUAUGUGUCUUUACACCUUCUGUCUUCUUAGUAGAGCGGAUUAUGCCAUUGAUAUGAUAAAAAAGAACCUUAAAAAAACCCACAAUCAUUGCAUAGAAAAGGUUGUAGAAUUAACUCUGUUUAUGAAUGAAAAAAAAGUAUUUUUCUAUUUCACGCGAAAGUAUCAUGAGUUGAUAAUCACCAUUUUUUUAAAGAAAAUUCUGUAAACAAAAAUAAACUUUUUGUCAAAUGUGUUAAAACCAGAGUCGAGCGAGGAGGUUACGAACAAAGUAAAACAAAAAGUCUAAGUAAAGAUACCUAUUAUUUAUUACCUGCAUCUUAUUCUGUAUCGUGUAGUAAGCAAAAACCAAUUGUUGAUAUAUUUUUAUAAACGAAACCGGUAAUUUAACAAACGUUGUAUAGAAAUAAACGCUCAGCUAAUAAAAUUAAAA